UCUUCAACCUCCCUGGCGGUAUUCCCGAGUGUAGCUCGGGGUAGAGUUUCAGCACCAAAAGCGGUAACCCCGAGCUACACUCGGGCUUACCAUGCAGCGUUGCUCAGGGAUUCCCUGCAGCGCUUACCUUGCCCUUCGCUCCCGCGAUGUGUCCCCAGCAGCGUCCCCGGCCAUCUCCUCCAGCCGAUGCCGGCAUCCGGCUUCCGUGUUCCGGUCCCUGUGACGUCGGGACGUACGGGGAUGGAACCGGUGGGAAAUUCAAACAUUCUAAAAGUGACAUUCACUUAAUACACUAAAAUCACAUAGUAUAACAUUACUGUAUCAAACCAUUUCAUAUACAU